GUGACGUCACCGGACAUUCGGAGCGCCUGCUGGCCAAGAUGGCAUCGUCCGUCUUGAGGUUAGCGAGCCGGCAUGCCCUCUUUUUCCGCCUCAACGCAGGAUUCUCUGUGAGACACGUGGUCCCCAUGACGACGUCAGCGAAGGAAGAAAUGACCAAGUUUUGGGAGAAGAACACCCAAUCUAAACGGCCGUUGUCCCCGCAUCUCACCAUUUACGAGGCCUGGGACAUGGGCAUCGGUUUCAAGAUACCCCAGUUGUACCAGUCUGGUGCCCUGGUUCUCAUCCUGACGGUUUUCUCUUCCCUUGGGAUCGCAGCCAUGUGAAGAGACACACCUCCCCUGCUCACUCCCCAACUUCCUUCCUUAAACUUUGCACACACACACACACACACACACACACACACACCCCACAAAAGUUGGUUCAAUCCAGGACUUCGGUUUGUUAAUUAGAAAAAUAAUGGGACUGGGCUGAAAUCGGCCAAAUUCAUAUUUAUUACACAGUUGUAAUCCGACGGAGGCCAUUCUCCUUGGAUCCUGCUAGGACAGGGGUCUUCCAACUUGACAGCUUUAAGGCUUGUGGACUUCAACUCCCAGAA